CGACUGUAUUUGCAAAUAAGCAAAUGUGCUCAGCUAAUUUUCGAAAGGAAAUGAUUCCACACUUUGAAAAACAUUUAAAGGCAAAAAAUAUUGUUGAUGCAAAAGACAAAUCGACUGUUAUGCAUCAAGUGUCAUCAUCGGGUUACACUGAUUUAUUAGCAUAUUUUGUGCAAAAUGACAUGCCAAAUAUCAAUAAACAAGACUCAGACGGGAAAACAGCUCUUCAUUUGGCUGUAUUGCAUAGACAUCAGCACAUUGCUGAAAUUCUUUUGCAACAAAAAGCGGAUGUGCAUCUUCGAGACAGUGACAUAUGUGACAGUCGUAGUGCGAUUCAUAUGGCUUGUAACAAUGGUGACCUACAUAUGGUAGAUCUGUUAAUAAAACACGCUGCACACAUAAACAAGAGAGAUAAACUUGGAUUCACCCCACUACAUCUGGCAUCUAUAAGAGGUCAUACUGAAGUAGUAAAACUGCUGGCAAAGGAGAAGGCCAAAGCGAAAAAAAUUGACGCUAUUGGAAGGACAGCAUUGUAUGUGGCCUGCGAAAUGAAUCGUUUGGAAACAGUUAAAUUCCUCUUACAGGAACAUACAAUUUACGAUAUUCAUAUUGAAGAAAGCAAAAAUGGGUUUACACCACUUCAUAUUGCAUGUGAAAAAGAACACACAUAUUUAGUAGAUACCUUGUUGAAAUAUGGUGCAAACGUAAAUAGACCUUCAAAAAAUAAUGACACGCCAAUGAAAAUUGCUAAACGGCAUGGAAAUAAAGAUAUAAUCAAACUUUUUGCGGAAAUAUGAAGAGACAAACACGAUACAAAAGUGAAAGAAGUGCACGUAUUUGACUAUUAAGUUAUGCACUAUUAUAUCAAAGCAAAACGUUCGAUUGCACUUGCUUUGCCUUAAUUUUAGAUGUUUUUACAUUUAUAUGUCUAAGGAAAAGUUUGCGAACAAUUGUUAAAUCCCCGAAAGCGAAAUAUAUGUUGUACAUAGGAGGCGUAAGA